GGGCCCUUCGGGUACUGUCUCACCACACCAUCCGCUUCCGCGGCCGGCGCCAAAUAAGUCUCCAAGCCCGCCCGGCCCGUGCGUGCGCGGCCUUGGUGUCUGCGUCACUAGGAAGCGCGCGCCCGCGCCGCCGCCGCCGCCGCCGCCGCCGCCGAAUCCCCAACAAGGAGCGAAGCCUGCGGCCGCCACCGCCGCCACCCGCCGCCGCACCCGUCACAGCCGGGCGCCAGAGCAGGCCGGUGUGGGCCCAGGAUUUGAGACCCUGGAGGAGCAACACUGCUGACCUCAGGCAUCUUCUUCCACUAAGCAUGGCGACCCCAGAUGUGAGCGUCCACAUGGAAGAGGUGGUGGUUGUGACAACUCCAGACACUGCAGUUGACGGCAGUGGUGUGGAGGAAGUGAAGACAGUGCUUGUAACAACAAAUCUAGCCCCUCAUGGGGGUGACUUGACAGAAGAUAACAUGGAAACAGAAAAUGCAGCUGCUGCAGCUGCUGCAGCCUUCACAGCCUCUUCACAGCUCAAGGAAGCAGUGUUAGUGAAGAUGGCUGAAGAGGGGGAGAACUUAGAGGCUGAAAUUGUGUACCCCAUCACUUGCGGAGACAGCAGAGCUAACCUCAUUUGGAGGAAGUUUGUGUGCCCUGGCAUCAAUGUGAAAUGUGUUCAGUACGAUGAGCAUGUGAUCAGCCCAAAGGAGUUUGUGCACCUGGCAGGGAAAUCUACCUUGAAGGAUUGGAAGAGAGCCAUCCGGAUGAACGGCAUCAUGCUCAGGAAGAUCAUGGACUCUGGGGAGCUCGACUUCUACCAGCAUGACAAGGUCUGCUCUAAUACCUGUCGCAGCACAAAGAUUGACCUCUCCGGGGCCCGUGUGUCCCUGAGCAGCCCGACAUCCACAGAGUACAUCCCACUCACACCAGCUGCAGCUGAUGGUAGGAGCAUGUAUGAAGCCAUGGUCAGAAACUCCAGAACUUUGAAUGGCUCACCCGCUACCAUCACCAUAGAGACCUGUGAGGACCCUGGUGACUGGACCACAGCCAUUGGAGAUGACACAUUUGCAUUCUGGCGGGGACUAAAGGAUGCAGGCUUACUUGAUGAAGUCAUACAGGAAUUCCAACAGGAGCUGGAGGAAACCAUGAAAGGCUUACAGCAGCGAGUACAGGACCCACCCCUGCAGCUCCGAGAUGCUGUCCUCCUCAACAACAUCGUGCAAAACUUUGGCAUGCUGGAUCUGGUGAAGAAGGUGCUGGCCAGCCACAAGUGCCAGAUGGACCGCUCUCGGGAACAGUAUGCCCGGGACCUGGCAGCCCUGGAACAGCAGUGUGAUGAGCACCGUCGCCGUGCCAAGGAGCUGAAGCACAAGUCCCAGCACCUCAGCAAUGUGCUCAUGACGCUGACGCCAGUCUCCCUGCCAUCCCCUAUGAAGCGGCCCCGUCUUGCACGAGCUACAUCCGGACCAGCUGCUAUGGCUUCCCAGGUGCUUACACAGUCUACACAGAUUGCUCUUGGUCCAGGAAUGCCUGUGUCCCAGCUGACCAGUAUGCCACUUAGCAAAGUGGUAUCUACACUGCCCUCCACUGUCCUGGGUAAGGGUUCUCCUCAAGCUGCCCCAGCCAGUUCACCGGCCUCCCCACUGCUUGGGGGCUACACAGUCCUGGCCUCCUCUGGCUCAACCUUCCCCAGCACGGUAGAGAUCCAUCCGGACACAUCCAGCCUCACAGUUCUGAGCACAGCUGCCAUGCAGGAUGGCAGCACAGUACUCAAGGUGGUCAGUCCACUGCAGCUGCUCACUCUGCCAGGCCUGGGACCCACCUUGCAGAAUGUGGCCCAGGCCUCACCUGCAGGCAGCACCAUCAUGACAGUGCCCACAGCAGCUGCUACUGGACCUGAGGAACACACAGCCACUAUUGAGGUGGCUGCUGUAGCGGAUGACCAUGAGCAGAAGUAGCUGGCAGGGAGGGUAAGAUCCUUCCAAGUUGGGCUGGCUGCCUCUCCUCAGGCCACUGCAGGCAGAGGCCACUACAGACACAGGCCACAGGGCUGGCUCAGCACAGGCAGGUCUGAUGGGCUGAACCAAAGAGAGGAUUGCCGGAUGAAUCAAGAGAAGAAAAGGGGGCGGAAUGAUGCCAGCAACCUGGAAAAUCAGUCUUCAGCUUCUAAACUUCCUCCCUUUUUUUCGUGGGAAAUACUGUUUUCCAUCUGUUGCUUAUUAAUCCUGUUUACACACUGGGCCUUGAGCAGGAACCAGGGGGUCAGUGACCAGGAGGAGGCCUGGGUGCUUCUGGUUCAGCUGCAGAGCCAGCUCCAGAGCCCAGCUGAUCACAGGUCCGAGUGCUUGCACCCCAAUGGGGCUGAGCCUGCUGGGCCAUUAUUGACACAGGUCUUGGGCAGCAUGCCCGAGUGUGGAAGCCAUAGAUCCUAUGGAUUUGGUCUCUUCCCACAGUUCUCUGUAGGUUCAGUAUGGCCAGUGUCCAUGUUCCUUCACUGUGGGAACAUGCUCUGGGGCUUAGUGCAGACCCAAGUCAGGACCCCUUCCUACCCCACAGGCACUCAGGUGGUGAAGGGGUCUCAUGGACCUGGUAUGUUCUAGACCCCUUUGCACAUGGGCUAUGUUUUUAAGUGAAUUGCUUAGUAGGCUUCUAGGAAAAAAGUAAAUUUAUAGUGUUUUCAACCAAAACAAUGCUGAGUGCCUAGGCUCCCGAGUCAGUUCUGGGAGGGACCCAGAGCACCUGUCCACACACCUAGCCGCUGCUAGAGGUCUUAGGUAGUGUCUGUCCCCGAGACAAAGCUCUGGAGGAUCUGUAUGGAGGUAUGCCCGAGACUUGGGGUAGUUCAGAUAACUCCCUAUGUGCAGCCUGCACUUAUAGCCCCCUAUAGUAGCGCCCCUAAAUUUUCCCUGGAGGUAGAGCAGGAGCUCUCUGGUCAAUACUCAGUGUCUCUAUCCUAAGAGCCCCUGUGUGUGUGAGAAGGCUGUUUAGAAUUGGAGGGUCGGUCAGCUGGGAGAUAGGAUCCAGAAUGUUCCAUGGAAGGCUGUCUGCAGGCAGUUUUUACAGGUCUGGUUGGUUCCAUGCAAAGGGCUAUCCUUUAGGCCAGAGUCCUUGGAGCCAAACAAUUCAGGGAACAGAGUUUUGGCCUCUUGGUAAGGUAUGUCCUGGGAUAGUCCUAAGGUGCCUCUUGAACCUCCUGUUCCAUCAACUGAAGGCUUUCCUUUCAAAGACCCCACAGCAGGGAGGGACCACUGUCCAACCAUCCAUCCCUCUUGAGUGCCCAGAUCCUUUUACACCUUUGCUAUGACUGGGGCCUUGCCUGCCCCUGCUCUCACCCCAUGUCAAGCUACUGAGGUUCUAGCUCUUGUUUUCCUUCUGUUACAUCAUUGUUCACUGUGGUCAUGAAUCGGCUGGUUUUGGCAGAUGUUUACCUGUUUAUGUAUAUAUCCCUUUUUAAAAACUUUUUUUUCCUCGAGUUACAAGUCCUGUUAAAUGCAGCAGUGUGAUUCUAGGAGUAUUGGAAGGACUAGUAGGAUGGGUACUGUCCAGAAGUCCCUGCUCUACAAGCUCAGACUAGAUUAGUGUCACAAAUAAAACCUUCCUGCCCUGGGAACCAAGAGCCUUUCCUUGGCACAAGUCCCAGGUGCCACCUUCUUUUUAGGAUGUGGGCCAGUUUUCUUUCUUCGUAAGAGCAAGGUCGAAACCUUUUCAGCCCUUGACCUUUGGCACGUGGAGGUACUGGAAGGUGAAAUUCGUUUUAGAGCCAUACAAAAGUAACCUCAAAUCAGCUUCAGAAUUAGUUCACACAACCCAUUCCCAGUGUCCCCAGAGGCUGUCCAUAGCCCACCCUCCAAGACUGUUCCCGGCAGGCCAGGGAGGGUUCUGCAGGGCAGAGAAGGGCCAGUAGUCCCAUCGGCAUGGAGCUUACAGUUCUGGGGGAGGAAGUGACCAUUGCCCACCACCUGUUUGCUCCUGCCUCUUGUGGUUCCUACUGACUCCUCUGUUGCUACGUUCCCCGCCCAUUGGGCUAUCCAGGAUCCAGGAAGGAAGGUCUUCCCCUCCACAUGCAAACAUGGGUGCUUGUGGCCGCUUUCAGUUUGGUUUUCUGAGGAAAUAGGAAGGAUUUGGUUUGCAGAGGGUGCAGCUCCUUCCUAUGCCUGCCCAGGAGGCAUGCAGGGAAGGGCAAGUUUGAGUUCCUUGAGUUCUACUUUGUAUGUUGUUAAGCAAGUAUCUGCUUGGUACUUUGAUUUAAAAUAAAAACACUUUUGUAAUUUGUGUGUUUGUCUCUUGCGAUGAAAGCUAUGGAAGAAACCAAAUUUAACUUUAAAAACAUGCCCCUUGUGACAGUGCUGGCUUUUUUCAGGUUCUUUAGGCACAUCUGCCCACCGAGUCCAACUGUGAUUGGGGUCGAGGGCCAAGGA